AUUAUUAUUAUUAUUAUUAUUAUUAUUAUUAUUAUUGUUAUUAUCUAUCUUACACUAAACAAACACUCAAGAAAUAAGAUACCCUAGCUAGCUACCUUCUUUAGAAUUUCUUGAACUUAAUUAGUUUUCCUUACAUACAAUAAGACAUUCAUCUUUGAAUCACCAACAUUUUCAUCAACAUCAUCAUCAUCUUCACCAUGUCAAUUGUUGCUCAUAUUAUGGCCAUGUUACUAGUACUUCCUAUGCAUGCAUGGAGUGCAAGGCAUACUUUUGAUCUUGUUUCCUAUAACAAGGAUGAUAUAGAGAAAACAAAGCUAGCACAUGAAAUGGAGAUCAAGGGAUCUCUUGUUUUUAAGGACACUAAAGCAGCAUCUUCAGAGUUAACUCAAGUCACAUCAAGUGCAACUUUGGACAAGAACACAAGCCAAGUGAUGGAAAAACAGGGUUUGAAAGGCCGAAGUCCAAGAUCAAUGAUGGAAUCCGAGUCAGAAGAUGAGACCAAAGAGGCAACUAAUCCAAAUGAAGGCGAAGCUGUGGAAGACGCCGUGGUGAUGGAUUAUGUUUCUCCCCAUCGCAAAUCUCCAAUCCAUAACCAUCAUUAAUCCUUAAUUAUCUUCUAUGUUUGAUAAUUGAUAUCUUAAACAAAGUUUACAUGUAAACUUAAUUAGGUUAUGUAAUUCCCUUCUUUUGAGUUUGUUUUUCAAACCAUAUACUAUAUUCAGUAACAGGAGCAAAGCUACAUAAUCAAGUGGAUCUACUCAUGAACCACACUUUUUUUCUUCAGAAAUAUAUAAUAAAUAUUAAUAUACUUAUAGUGUAUAGUGAAGUGUUCAUUUUUGCCUAUA